UGCCUCGAUACUGAGAAUACACUCAGAAAUGCAUUCUACGAGCUCAUUAGUCGUUAUACGCAUCUCGACAAUGCCACCACGUCGAAGGGGCCGGAGGAGCGGAGCAGGAGAGAGGUCGAGAAGACCCAGAUCUAGAGGUAGUAGGAGGCCUGCUCUGUCCAGGCAGUUAACGAGUGCAGAGGAAACCUUGCACACUGUUGAAAACCGGAGAGCAACCAUGAGGAACAUAAUUUCCCAAAUGCCCAUGGAAAGGAUCCAAGAUGUUAUUUUACAAAUGAUUGAGAGUCAUCCAUCGUUGGUUUUUAACAUCCUGGACCCACCAGCUCAGCAACCAGGGGGCCACCACCCUCCAGGAGGUUCCCCCCUUCCGGACUGGUGUGUGUGCACCAAGUGCAGGACAAUGCCAACAGAAGCCGAGAGGAUAUGCUGCGGCAGGGAGCAAUGUCUAUCGACACUACCGGAUUUUUCAAUUAUCAUACUAGAUGAGGCUGUCCUAGCCAUAGCGAGAAUGUACAGACAGGAUGUCCUCGUUUUAGCAGAGGAUGCAGACGUCCGGAAAGCAAACCGGCCAACUUAAACUCUCCUUGCUGCAUACCGCCAAUUCAUAUUGUGGCAACAUGGCCGUCUGGGUGCCGCCAGCGAAUGGUUAUACUUCAUGUUGUGUAUGGGCCAUUAGAGAUAAGUAUCCAGACGCGUUUGGACAGUACAUCGGAUUUUACCCGACCGCUUAGCUUUAACCUAAU